AUGUCAACUACACAGCGGAGUGAAAGCAUGCAUGCAUUUUUUGAUAGGUACAUCAAUGCCAAAACAACUUUGAAACAAUUUGUGGAGCAAUAUGAGAAUGCUUUGGCUAAAAAGAUGGAAAAUGAAAGUAAUGAAGAAUUCAAUUCUUUCAACUCCUACAUUACAUGGAUAACUCAGUUUCCAUUGGAGAAACAAUUUCAAAAAGCUUACACAAUCGCAAAAUUUAAAGAGUUCCAACAAGAGGUAGUAGGAAAGAUUUAUUGUUAUUUGUCUCCAUGCAAGGAAUGUGAAGAUGGUGUUAUUAUAUAUAGAGUAGGUGAAGAUAUACCAAUUGGAGAAAUCUUGCAGCGUGCAACUUUCACUGUGUAUUUCAAGGAGGAUAGCAACGAAGCAAAUUGUAAUUGUCAAUUGUUUGAGUUUAGAGGAAUAUUGUGUAGGCAUCAAAUUGUGGUGUUCAUGGAAAGAGGGAUUAAUCACAUAUUGGAAAAGUACAUCUUGAAAAGAUGGAACAAAAAUGUGAAAAGAUGCCACGUUAAAGUAAGAAUUAGUUAUGACAAUUGUUCUCUUAAGGCUGAAGCACAUCGCUAUGAUAAAAAAAAAUUUAAUGUCUUCAGUGAGGUUGCUGAUUUAGCAACUGAAUGUGAAGAAAAGUGUGAUACCGCGGCCGUGGUAGAUGUAGCCUCCAUCGAACAUCUGCAAACCCAAGCGAUUGUUAAGAAAGAGCUUGUUGUUGCUCUCUCCAAUCAAACUAAAGCCAUGGAUAGCAAGAACAAUCUUACAUUGGUUGUGGUCAGCAUAGAUGAAGUACGAUUGCGAGUUUCUAUGAAUUUGCUCAUAGGUGACGUACUUGACAAUCUACUCGAGGUUGAGGCGAUAGCCACCGAAGGGAGGGAAAUGAAGGUGGCAGAGGUCAUCCUCGUAGACGACGAUGAUGAAACUAAAGCCAUAAUCAUCAUCGAUGACAUAUCUAAGGUAGAGUUAUGGAGAUUUGAAGCGGAGCUGUGA